UUCAGUGAGAGGAUGCUGUCGGCUUCACUGACAGGAGAGGCAGCUGCAUCAUGUCACACUUCAACAUUGAGCGCAGGAAAGUAGACUGAUGCGGAUUAAUCAGCGUAGAAGUCCUCAUGAUACGCGCACAGGAGAUGAUCUCUGGCUGAGACUUUGAGCUUAAACACAGGAGGAGAGACAUGGGGUUGUUUGGAUCCACACCUGUGCGCACGCAGUCUGCAAGUUAGCCCGGCAGAGGAGAGAAGUUGUUUGACAAAGUAAGUCGCCUUUUUCUCUGCAGAAUCAUGCAGAACAGCAGCAGCUCCUCCGGACCUCUGAGCGCUCUGAAUGUGUGCGGAGGAGAGGAGGACGAACGGGAGAUCUCGGAGCUGGUCAGUCCCACAGGAGCAGCCUCCAGCCUGCCCGCCUUCAACCUCUCACUCAACUGCUGGCUCCAUAUCCUCUCCAAGGAGUCCUCGCCGGACCUGCAUGGAGACAGUGCCAACCUGGCAGUGCGAGUCCUCAUUGCCCUGGUCUACCUGGUGGUGUGCGUCCUGGGCCUUGUGGGUAACCUCCUGGCCCUCUUCCUGCUCCACUCCCGCCGUCGGGGCCACCACCACUCCUCCAUCGACUGCUUCGUGAUGAGCCUGGCGCUGACGGACCUCCAGUUCGUCCUCACCUUGCCCUUCUGGGCCGUGGACACGGCGUUGGACUUCCGCUGGCCCUUUGGUCGGGUCAUGUGCAAGAUCGUGAGCUCGGUCACCACCAUGAACAUGUACGCCAGCGUCUUCUUCCUCACUGCCAUGAGUGUGACCCGGUACCACUCCCUGGUCACCUCCCUGAAGAUGGGCAGUCCGAGGAUCGCCACCGCUCGGGCCAAGUGGGCCAGUUCAGCCAUUUGGGUGGUGUCACUGGUGGCUACGCUGCCUCACGCCUUCUACUCCACCACAGUCCAGGUGUCUGCAGAUGAUGAGCUGUGCUUAGUUCGGUUCUCUGACUCCGACUCAGGUCACUGGGAUCCCCAAGUCCUGCUUGGACUCUAUCAAACACAGAAGGUCCUUCUGGGAUUUGUAGUUCCCUUGAUCAUCAUCUCCGUGUGCUACCUCCUCCUGCUGAGGUUCAUCCUGAGCCGGCGCGUCGUGGGCAGCGUGAUCAGUGGGAACGUCACAGAACAGUCAGAGUGUGAGAGAGGACGCCAUCGACGCCGCUCCAAGGUCACCCGCUCCGUUACCAUCGUGGUUCUGUCCUUUUUCAUUUGCUGGCUGCCCAACCAGGCUCUCACCCUGUGGGGGGUGCUGAUCAAAUUUGACCUGGUUCCCUUCAGUAAAGCCUUCUACAACGCCCAGGCCUACGCCUUCCCCCUGACUGUGUGCCUGGCUCAUGCUAACAGCUGUCUCAACCCGGUGCUCUACUGCCUGAUCCGAAAAGAGUACAGAGCUGGGCUGAAGGAGCUCCUGCUGAGAAUGUCUCACGCCGUCCAGAAUGUUCUUACUUUGGCUCUGAGAGGAAGGAGAGUGGAGGAAGCACCACCCAGCAUGAUUAUGAUUCACAAAGAAAUCAAUAUGUGAAUUAUUUUGUUGAAAGAAGCAUCUGACGUUUUGGGAAAUUAAGCUAUUUCCUGUCUGUGUCUGUGUGGAUGGUAAUAUUCAAACAAACAUGUUUAUGGGUGUGCGUCCGUGGUGCUGAAAGGUGAAUUUUGUCACCACUGGACCAAACCAGGCUGGAUGUUCCUUGAUUCCAGGCUUUGUGUUCAGCUAAGCUAUCUGGCUGCUGGUUGCAGCUUCAUUUACCAUACAAACAUAAAAGCGAUGUCAGUCUUCUCUUCUAAAUCUCAGUAAGAACCGUAUACUGUAUAUAAGAUAUGGAAGUACCUUCUGUAGAGAGGAUGUAGACUUCAACCUGCAUUCCUUUUAACAGCCAGCAGGGGGCGACUCCUCUAGCUGCAAAAUACAUCAGAUUAUUUAGAAGUCUAUGAGAAAAUGGCACUACCUUUCACUUAAUUUGUCACCUCGGUAAACAUUUUCCUGAUGAGUUCAUGGUGUUUAUGGCUAGUCUGAAGCCUCCUUAAACACAGGAUGAUGCUAAUUUUGUAAAUUAUGGUCCCACAUCCUACUUAGUUCUGUCCAAGACAAAUGUGAUUGGUUGAAAGAAAUACAAACAUAUCAGUGUUUUUACCCCCUAUAGCAGAAUGAUAAUGAGGUCCAGCCAGACUAACAUGUAUGACAGAAUUGGCUAGCUAAGCAAAGACUGUCAUUUUGGCAGUGUCUGACUCUGCCUAACUCUUAAUUAAAAAAAUUAGCAAAGAUUUAGAGUGUGAGAGGAGCUGAGGCAGAGUGACAGAUGGGUCCCAUCUGUAAUUUAAAGCAGACUUUGCCUCAAUUAUGCAUAACUUUAACCCUAAAUACAAUUUAAAUGAGCAAGUUAGACAAAAAUGUACUCUACACACAGCUGUCAUGGAUGAAGAACCUAGCUAUAGAGACCCAAAUCAUUUUUAUAUCAGUCUGUAAAUGUGUGUUUUCACUGUAAAGUUGGGCAUUUUAACAUGGAGGACAAUGGAGAUAUGAUUUUGGAGUCUGUCUCAAGGUGCCAUUCGUGUUAUUGCAGUUUUUGGCACUUGAACUUUGGUUUUAUCAGCACAGGAGCUUUCUGCUUGGUUCUCAGUCUGAUGCCAACCCUUAUUCAUCACAGUUACUUUCAGAAGCAAAUUGCCAUGCCUAAAUUUCAAACUCAAGACUUCAGUCUACAAAGUAAUGACUGACAUCACGAUGGCUACAUCAGUCUUUUAUAUGCAGUCCAUGGCAAGUACGCCAUUAAGUGUAUUCUUCAAAAUGUGGAACUUUUCUUUUAAUAUCAAAAAGUUCCUCAUGAUUCAACUUUGUGUGUCAUUUCUGACCACUUCCCUGUCCAAAAUUCAUAAACCCAGACCAACCUAAGCAGCCAUUUUUCAGCUUGAUUAGGCACAUUCACGAGAAAUUUCACGCCAAAAUACUGCAGGCUACUUUGGAAGCAAUUUUUGGGGUGAAUUUCAUAUGAAUUCUUGAAAAUCAAAGCUUACAAUCAGUGUGCCCUGAGUUAUACUGUGGGCUGAUUUCUUUUUUCUUUGUACAAUCAGUCAGAAUACACUGUGCUGUUUGAAUAGUUGACCUGUAAAGUGAUCUUUGUACUUUGCAUCUCAAACACCCACACGAAGAGAAAAGGAUUAUUACAGUACCUUUCAGAUUCAUCUCUAUAGUAUGUAUGUUUUGUGUUAUUGUUGGUAACUGCAUUUAGACACUGGAGUAUGCCACAUUUCACCCUUCAUAUGCAAUCAAAAUGACCUCCAGGACAUUUGCCAUUCAGUGUUUGAUGCUCAUGUGAAACCGUCAAGACAUUUUCUCUGUGAUUGUUUUGCUGUACCGCCGUGAAUGGUUUUGUAAAUACAUGUGUGUUCUGUGACAUUAAAUAAAACGCGAGGACAAAAGCGA